AUGAGCGCUCAAGACUACCUCAGUGCCAUAUCGGGCAUCUACAAGUCCUUCGGCAUCACCCUUCCCCUCAAUCCAGGCGCCGAAGAUGCAGAAAUACACCAAGUUCAGACAAAGUUCGGGGACGAUCUCAACCUCGCAACGCUCUUAGACCUCUGGCGGACGGCCAACGGUUCCGAUUCGUACACCCCAGUGUUCCUCAACCCUGGAAUCCUGACAGGAUACGACCUCCUGUCCAUCGAUGAGUCAUUGGCCCAGCACGAUGGCAUGCGGGCUCGAGCACCCCAGUACGAAGGCUAUGAGGACCCCGAGCCACGCGAUCCGCGCAUAGCUUCCGGAUGGUGGCAGCCGGGGUGGCUCCCGUUCGCCGAGUUUGGAGGAAGUACCAUGCUCCUCUUACUCGACUUGACCCCGGAAGGAACAGGCCGCAAGGGCCAGGUCAUCCCGUACACCCAUGACCCAGAUGAGAUGACCUGGGUGGCCGAGAGCCUGUCCGAUUUCUUCAAAGCCAGCGCGGAGGAGUUUGAGAAGGAGGGAGAGGAGUUGCUAGAGGACCUAAGGGAGGACUAG